AGGCAGAAGUCUCGCGAAAUUCGGAAGAAAAUUAUUCUGAUCUUUUCUCCAAUUUAGUUGUCUAAAUAAUGAGUAUUUGUCAAACUUUAGUGUAAAAUCAAACUCUGUGGUAACCAUUUUAUGUCGUAUUGAUUCUCGUAACCUUGAUUAAUUUAGCAAGGGUUGUUUUGUGAAUUUUGUCGGGCGAAAAAGUCACGCUUUCGGAACACAGUUUUGCCUAUGUGAAUGUACGUGUUGAGAACAAUGACAACAUUUUGAGUUCGGUUUUAUUUUUCUACUGGUUUAUUUAAUCAGUGAACUCAACAGCAAGAAACAUUCCGCAUUUCCACUACUCAAAACAUGUCAUCUGAGACUGGCGCUGGAGACUCCGAUCAAGCUGGUUUGAAGUGGGUGAACCUUUUUGAGAAUAUGAAUGCGAAGGAGGAUGCCAAAAAGAAGAAGAAACCUACUGGGACCAAGAAAGCAAGCAGCAAUGCCCUCCCACCAGAUGAGGGCACUCCGGACAGGAAACCCCCGAAGUCUGAUCAGCGUCUCUCCGUCGAGCGCAUCUAUCAGAAGAAGACUCAGCUGGAGCAUAUUCUGCUCAGGCCCGACACAUACAUUGGAUCAGUCGAGCCAGUUUCACAGACAAUGUGGGUCAUAGAUGAUGGAAAUCUUGUAAACAGAGAGGUCACUUUUGUCCCCGGACUGUACAAAAUCUUUGAUGAAAUCCUCGUGAACGCUGCUGAUAACAAACAAAGGGAUCCAUCUAUGAAUCUGAUCAAGAUCACGAUCGACCCCGAGAACAACCUCAUCAGUAUUUGGAACAAUGGAAAAGGAAUUCCCAUAGUGGAGCACAAGACUGAGAAACUAUACGUACCUUCCAUGAUCUUUGGACACCUGUUGACAUCCAGUAACUAUGACGAUUCGCAAAAGAAGGUCACAGGUGGUCGCAACGGUUAUGGAGCUAAGUUGUGUAAUAUCUUCAGCACCAAGUUCACUGUCGUCACAGCGUGUAAGCAGUACCAUAAGAAAUUCAAGCAGACGUGGACAAAGAACAUGACCAAGACGACAGAAUCCAAGAUCGUAGAUUACGAGUCGAGUGACUACACCGAGAUCACUUUCCAGCCAGACUUGGCCAAGUUUAAGAUGGAGAGUUUAGACAAAGACACAGUGGCCCUGCUGACCAGGAGGGCGUACGAUAUUGCAGGGUCUACCAAGGGGGUCAGGGUUAGCUUGAACGGCAACAGAUUGCCGGUCACCGAUUUCAAAACCUACGUGGACAUGUAUCUUAAAGACAAAGUAGACGACACUGGCAGCCCCUUAAAGGUUGCUUAUGAGGUCGUCAAUCCUAGAUGGGAGGUUUGUCUAACGACGAGUGAGAAGGGUUUCCAACAAGUCAGCUUUGUCAACGGCAUUGCGACGACGAAGGGUGGCCGUCAUAUAGACUACGUUUCAGAGCAAGUCACCACAAAGCUUAUUGAAACAAUCAAAAAGAAAAAUAGAGGAGGGAUCAACAUUAAGCCUUUUCAGAUCAAGAACCACAUUUGGGUAUUUGUCAACUGUCUUAUCGAGAAUCCAGCCUUUGACUCGCAGACCAAAGAGAACAUGACUCUUGUGGCCAAGAAGUUUGGCUCAGAGUGUAAGAUGAGCGAUAAGUUCUUCAAAGCGGCACUCACCAGUGGAGUAGUUGAAAACAUCAUGUCGUGGAUGAAGUUCAAACAACAGAGUCAAUUGGAUAAGAAAUGUCACACCAGCAAGCACUCUAAGAUCAAGGGCAUACCCAAGCUGGAUGACGCCAACGACGCAGGUGGAAAGCACUCGCAGUCCUGCACCCUCAUCUUGACAGAGGGAGACUCGGCCAAGGCUCUGGCUGUCAGUGGACUUGGAGUGGUGGGGCGUGACCGCUACGGUGUCUUCCCACUCAAGGGUAAACUUCUCAACGUCAGGGAGGCUACCCAUCAUCAGAUCAUGGAAAACGCUGAAAUAAACAACAUCAUCAAAAUCAUGGGGUUGCAGUACAAGAAUAAGUACGAGACUCCGGAGUCGCUGCGGUCGUUACGUUACGGCAAGCUGAUGAUAAUGACUGAUCAGGAUCAAGAUGGAUCUCAUAUCAAGGGCUUGCUGGUCAACUUCAUCCAUAACAAUUGGCCCAACCUCCUCAAACAUAACUUCCUGGAGGAAUUCAUCACUCCUAUUGUCAAGGUAACCAAGGCUAAGGAUUCACAAUCGUUCUACUCAAUACCUGAGUUUGAGCAGUGGAAGAAUGAAGAAGAACACCCAAAAACAUGGAAGAUCAAGUACUACAAAGGUUUGGGUACGAGCACCAUGAAAGAAGCUAAGGAGUACUUUAGCGACAUGAUUCGGCAUCGUAUCCCCUUCAAGUACGCUGGACCUGAAGAUGACAGUGCUAUUAUUCUGGCAUUCAGCAAGAAGAAAUGCGAAGAGCGAAAGGAGUGGUUAACUGAUUGGCUGAGAGAACGGAAAAGCAGACGAGAGGCUGGACUUCAUGAUAUUUAUCUGUAUGGCAAGCAGACCAAAAGCAUCACCUACAAUGACUUCAUCAAUAAGGAGCUUGUACUAUUCUCAAACGCCGACAACGAAAGGUCCAUCCCAUCCAUGGUCGACGGUCUUAAGCCAGGACAGCGUAAGGUCAUAUUUACCGCUUUCAAGCGUUAUGAGAAGAAGGAAGUGAAAGUUGCCCAGAUGGCCGGUGCUGUGUCUGAGAUCUCCGCCUACCACCAUGGAGAGGUGUCACUCAUGAACACAAUCAUCAAUUUGGCCCAGAACUACAUCGGUAGCAACAAUCUGAAUCUCUUGCAGCCCAUUGGUCAGUUUGGUACCAGGUUGUAUGGUGGCAAAGACGCUGCCAGCCCCCGUUACAUCUUCACCCAACUCAGCUCCUUAGCUCGGUUGAUUUUCCCAGCCACUGAUGACCCUCUCCUCAACACCCUGUAUGAUGACAACCAACGUAUCGAGCCGGAGUGGUACUGUCCAAUCAUUCCAAUGGUGUUAAUCAAUGGGACUGAGGGUAUCGGAACGGGAUGGAGUACCAAGAUGGCCAACUAUGACGUCAGGGAGGUUGUAGCCAAUGUGAAACGCAUGCUGGACGGUGAAGAACCACUCCCAAUGAUCCCGUCCUACAAGAACUUCAAGGGAACAAUCGAAGAGGUUGAGCCUAACCGCUAUGUUGUCAACGGCGAGGUUGCCAUCAUUGACAAUAACACCAUUGAAAUUACAGAGCUGCCAGUCCGAACCUGGACACAGAGCUACAAAGAGUCUACUCUGGAGCCCUUCUUGCAUGGCAGUGAAAAAGUUGCUCCCUGUAUCAAUGACUACAAAGAGUACCACACCGACACGACGGUGAAGUUUUUGGUGAAGAUGAAUGAAGAUAGGCUGAUGAAGUUUGAUGAUGAAGGUUUGCAUAAGGCGUUCAAGUUGCAGACCAUCAUUACCCAAGCCAACAGCAUGGUUAUGUUUGACCAGCAUGGCUGCAUCAAAAAGUACACUGACGUUUGUGAUAUUCUGAAAGAUUUUUAUGAGCUUCGCCUGCAUAUGUACAUUCGUCGUAAAGAUUACCUUGAAGGGAUACUUGAGGCGGAGUCUAGCAAACUCAACAACCAGGCUCGAUUCAUUAUGGAGAAGAUCGAAGGAACGAUCGUCAUUGAGAACAAGAAGAAGAAGGAGAUGAUCUCGCUGCUGGUUCACCGAGGCUACGACUCAGAUCCGGUCAAGAUGUGGAAGGAAGCGCAGAACAAGCUAGCCGCCGAGGCCGAGGGUACGGACAAUGAAGAGGAUGCCAUGAGCGAGAUCUCGUCCGCCUCGUCAGGGGCCGGCCAUGACUACAACUACCUCCUGGGAAUGGCUCUUUGGAGUCUGACAAGAGAAAAGAAAGACGACCUACUCAAGAACAGAGACGAGAAGGGUAAAGAACUGUGCGACUUAAGGAGGAAGACACCCGUUAUGUUAUGGAGAGAUGACUUGGCUGCAUUUGAGGCGCAACUUGAGAUUGUGGAGCAGCAAGAAAAAGAUGACGAGGCUGCUGCUGCCCCAACCACCACGAAGGGCGGUAAAAAACAACCCCGUAAGAAGGUCUUGCCUAAACUGGAAACCAAGCCCUCACCGUACGGACGCCGUGUCGUACCACGCAUUGACGCCGCAGCCAAGGCUAUAAGGAAGACUGCAGCGGCAGGAGGAGGGGCAGGGGGACGGAAAAGAAAAACAAACGUCAAGAAAGAGGCCACUGAUGACACAAAUGACACAACCAGUCUUGACGACAGCACCGAGAAGGAGCCCAUGUCUUUAGCACAGCGUCUGGCCGCUAAAGGAACGUCAGUCUCAACUAGCGUCAGUAACGGUGGCACUAAGAAGGUCAUGAAGCAGAAAACCCUAACCUUCAAACCCACGGCUAAGAAGAGGGCAAAGGCCUCGCCCAAAAAGAAAAAGAGAAACGCUUGGUCGGAGUCCGACUCUGACGCGCCGCUGGACGAGGACGAUUUGAUGAUAACGAAGCAGGUACCCCAGUCGCCUUUUGUCAAGAGAGCUGCCGCUCAGAAGGCAAAGUAUUCAUUUAGUGACGACGAUGAGGAUGAUGAUGAUGACUUCGUUGCCGAGUUGGCACUUUCUCCCUCCUUCAACUUGGAGGAGGCAAUCGAUAACGACGCCAUUGACUCGGACGCAGACGACUUCUCCCUACCUACCAAGAGACCCGUCAAGAGAGCUGCACCUAAGAUUGAUAGCGAUAGCGAUAGCGCUGAUGAAAGCGGAUACAAAGAGACGAAGCAAGACGAUGUAGGCUUGAACUCUUUAAGCGAUUCAGAUGGAUCCGCACCCCCAUCAAAACAACUAAAGCUGACACAAUCGGCAAAGAAGACGGCUGCAAAACCAAAGGCCACAAAGCAAAAGUCUAUUCUCGACAUGAUUAGUAAGACGAAGAAGAGCAGUGAUGACAGCAGUGAACCAACAGCCAAGAAACCAGCUAAGGCUAAAGCUGCACCUAAGCCCAGGAAGCCAGCCGCUAAGAAAACUGUCAAGACAACGUCUGGAUCAGGUGAUGGGGACUCGGAUGUAUUCGAAACAAAGAAAAAGGCGGCGCCCAGGAAAACUGCCAAGCCCAAGACUAAGAAGAUCAAUUUCUCCGACUCCGAGUCGGGUGAUGAGAAUUUCGCCUCUCGUAGGGAUCGCAAUCCACCCCCAUCGGCCAGAGGAGGGGGUCGUGCCAAGGCAUCAGUCAAGUACAACUUUGGUGAUGAUGAUUCAGAUAGCGACUAUUAGGCUCAUAGAAUGGUUCUAAGGCUGUGUCCCAAUAGACCGAUCCAUUAAGCGCGCCCCAUUGCGUAUUGACCAAUCACAACCCAUUGCGCAACCAAAAGUCCGACAAAUUAAGGUCCAACAUGUGUGCCCGUAUGCUUGGCGCGUAUGCUUGGCGGCAGAGUUGUGCAGAAUGGCAUUGGAGAGGCCCACGUGUGCUUGCUCAAACGUGCUGAGCCUACUGGAUCGGUCUAUUGGCGGCCAAAGCUAGGGCUACAGCUGAGCCUACAGCUUGUUCAAUUGGGCACAUUUAGUCGACCCGUGGUUGACUACUGACCAGCAACGUACAUGCGCAGAGACACAUUCACUCGAACGACUCAUUUGGAAGUCAAGUCAACCUUCCGCCUUUUCGCUGUAGUGUCACUGGUUCUCCUCUGUGCUUUACACAUUGUUGGACUAGCUGUUGGGACCAGUGAAGAAACCAUGGGCUCAAGGCUGGUUCCAAAUGGUCCACCAAAGUAGUAAACCAAUGGUCGACCAUCCUGGGUUCGAGUAAAAAUUGUCAACCUUUAGUUAAACCAAAGUUAACGAUUCAUUUGAAAUGGAAUCGCAUCAAAAUACUUACAUUUUCACAUCCGUGUACUAUUGCGCCAUACAAGCGCUUGAAUGUUUUUAACAAGCGUGAACGCAAAGUAGUCUCCCUCGGGAGGCCAACGAGCGUUGUUUCCUAGUAGAUCCCUCCCUCGCUGCGCAUGGUAGCGAGGCUGGGACAAGCUCCCCCCCCCCCUUCAAAUACAGUGUAGUUUUUUAAAAAGAUGUUGUCAUAUAGUCCGUAGAGGCCAAUCGUGGCUCUUGUAAAGUUAACUGAAAAUUCAGAGUAAAUGCCAUUCCUGUAUAUAUACAAUAAGUAUUUCAUUACACAACGGUUGUACAUUAAGCUAUUUAAAUGUGAAUUGUGUUUCUUCCAAAGUGCAUAGUUGUCCCCCAGUGGGAAUAAUACCGCGUAAUAUUUAAAAACGCUUCAAACUGUUGUUAUUUAGCUCUUUUUUGAGCUUUCAAAUUUACAUAUCUGGGCCUUUCGCAAUUUAAUUGUCAACAUUGUGUUGCAGCAGGUAAAGAUGGGCCAAAAUAUCAUAAAAUCUGUGGAGCAGAUUAUCUUAAAUUUAAAACUUAAAUUUUUUGGACAUCAAAUUAAAUACACCAUAACUUACACUGACUAAAAUUUACUAGAUUUGGAUGUGAACCUGGAGCCUUUAGAUUAAUGUUCCAGUGUUCCAUCAACUGAGCUAUCUAGCGCAAAUGUUGGCGGUCUCCCAGGUUUGUUUUAGGGCUCUGGGGUCGAUUUCACAAAG